CAUUGUGUUUUUCAUUGUGGCUGUGGAGGUUUGUUUAGCAACUGGCUGAGCGUUUCGCCACGUUUCGUCUCAAAAUAUUCUUAUUUAACAAAGGUUAAUUGGCUACAAAAGACAAUUUUUUUUUUACAUUGACAGGAGGUAUGUCAAGCAACGAAUGUAAACGAUAACCAUCAUACAACUGAAGACAUCUGCUUUCCAUUCAGAAACUAAAAUGGCUUUUAGGAGAGAACGAAAUCUUAGAGAUAUUUAUGAGGAACGGUUUCCAGCAGGAAGAGUGGGUCCAUAUCCAAGAGAAGCUCAAGGGGACAGGAGACCACCCUUCGGGCGGCCAGACGAGGACUACGGCCGUGGUUUUGAAUACGAUGGCUCUCGGUUUUACCCAAAUGGUGCUCCUCGCAACUACCAUGGAGAGGAUCAGAGAGGUUUUCAUGGAGACAGCCAUCUCUCAUUUCCAAAUGAGAACAGGGGUGGACCACCCGGGCGAAGGCAAGAAGACUUCCCAUACUACAGAGGGCCGAGAGAGGAGCCGCAUGGUGGGCGCCAAAUGGACUUCAGACCGAGCAGUCGUGCAGGUCCUCCCCCGAAUGCUCGAGUCCUGGGUGCUCACCCUCCUCCACCCAGGUCUCUGCCUACAAUAGCCCCUGAUGCAGGAGAUGACACCCUCAUGCAGGCCAUAAUGAACCUGGACCGGGGGGAGGAGCGGGACAACUUGAGAAGAAAGGCGCCGUUCCCUCCAGUACGCGAGCGCUCUCCAGCUCGGCGGGACGUUCCCCCUUCCCCUCACAGUCGGUCGGGGUCCAGCAUAAGCAGCCGCAGCUACUCACCAGAGCGGGGCAAAGUGCAUCCUUUCCCGCCUCAGCAGGGGAAAAGUAUAGACAGUCUGCCAAACCUGUCUGCAUUUCACUUGGAGAAAUCUCGUUGGCGGGAUCUCCCACACACACAGACUCUAGACGGAUUUGAGGAGCCGUUCGGGCCAGGCAGGGGACCGGACAGGGAAAGGCCCCCCGGCCCCUCCGUGAGUGCAUCACGAGACGGUUCGCCCCAUAGCUCCGUAUCAGCCACUAAGGAGGACAUGACAACGGUGGAAGGGCCCACAGAUAAAGUUCCACCCACCGUAGAUGAAGCUUCCUCUGUCAUGGACGACUUUCAAGAGCGACGUGCUCAAGCUAUUGCUGCCAAGGCUCGGGAAAUUGAGAAGGUCUAUCGUCAGGACUGUGAGACGUUUGGCAUGGUGGUGAAGAUGCUGGUGGCCAAGGAACCCAGCUUAGAAAAGCCCCUGCAGAACCCACUGAAAGAGAACCUGAUAGAGAUCCGUGAGCGAUGCCUUGAUGACUUGAAAAAUUUCAUUGCUGAACUCGAUGAGGUGGUACGUCAGCCUGAACCUGCUGUCUAAGGUGGCCCCAUUUUACUCAACCAGCAGCCCCCCUCCCUUUGUACCUACACAAAAGUUUUUCAUUGUUUUUUUAUGGUUUAUGUAAGGGCCAAUGUACAUGUGUACUGAGUGUCCACCUUCCUGGUCUGCAACGGGGCAAGGAAAAUCUCUUUAUGUAUUUCAUUUAUGCAGUUCCGUUCAUCCAUUGACACUAGUCGAUGCUAGGUUGUAUAAUCAUUUUGUAACCUUUCAACAUUAAGAUAAAUAAAAAAAAUUAGAUGGCAAACACAAGGAAAGCAGUGCCAGAAGAGGGUUUGCUCUAUUCCUUAUUAAUUGCAGAAGCUAUAGAGAUUAUUAACCCACUGAGGAGAUUUACUAGAUGAUGGUGUUUGUUCUGAUCAAUUGUGUAUAAGCUGAAAGGGUUCUAUGUUGUUGCCAGUUAAUUCACUUACAUUCAAACCAGUGAGAACAUUUGAAGAAUGAAUUAUGGUAAGUAAUCUUUAUGGGUUCAGCAAAUUGCUGCAAUCUGUAGUACUGUUAAGCUGUGCAGCUGACAAUAAUGCAUUUUGAUCUUUUUUUUUUUUAAAUCCCAUUUUCCGGCCACUAUAUUGUGAAAACCCAACACAAGUAUUUGUGUAGUUUUUCUUUUGUGUAGUAUUAAAGAGUCUUGAACCUA